CUCGCUUGUCUGUAGCAGGUAGUAGACGCCAGCCACACACCACCAUGGCCGAUCGAGCAGCGACGUCUCGUCCCGCAUCGAUCGGCGUCAAGCAGUUGGCGGAGGUGGUGGUGGUGCGGCACGGCGAGACUUCAUGGAACGCCUCUCAUAUUAUCCAGGGGCAAAUGGAUCCGGAGCUCAACGAGAUCGGCAGAAGCCAAGCUCGAGUGGUCGCGCGUCGGCUGUCGAGGGAAGCCAAGCCAGCCGCCGUGUACUCCUCCGAUCUCAGGCGCGCCUCCGAGACCGCUCAGAUCAUAGCCACAGCCUGCGGCGUAUCCAAUCUGGUGUUUGAUCCGGCGCUGAGGGAGAGGCACAUGGGAGAUCUCCACGGCCUGGUAUUCGACGACGCCGUCAGAAGGAACCCUGAGAUCUUCUCUUGGAAUGGAAGGAACCAAGAAAUCCCCGGUGGUGGGGAGAGCCUUGAUCAGCUGUCGCAGCGGUGUGUCUCGUACCUGAACACUGUCGCUGAGAAACACAAGGGGGAGCGUGUGAUCGUGGUCACCCAUGGCGCGAGCACUGAGGAGCUCUGCUUGCACGCCGACCCAACAAGCCCGGUGCGCGGGAAGCUUUUCAACACUUCGAUCUGCCUGUUCCGUAUCGGCGGCGGCGAAUGGAUCCUUGAGAAGGCCGGCGACGUCGCCCAUCUCGGCCAAGGCGGGUUUCUGGAGGACGCGUUCGGCGGCGAUGGCGCGUCUGCCUGACCGCGAUGUGCUGCUGCUGGCGUUUCCAUUUCGCAGAUGCAUUCGCCAGUUCACAGCUUUACACGAAGCUGAUUAGACCGGCCAAUAUUAUUGCGUUGUUGUUUUGGAAUUGCACAGGUUUACACGAAAUUUCUUUGGGUCGCUG